AAUGUUCUGGAUGAUAAUAUGGAACCAGUAGCCUGAAAAUGGUGCAGCGUUUGACUCUGAGGCGACGUCUGUCGUACAACACCCGCUCCAACAAGAGGCGCAUUGUGCGCACUCCCGGAGGCCGUCUGGUGUACCAGUACGUGAAGAAGAACCCCACUGUUCCACGCUGCGGUCAGUGCAAGGAGAAGCUCCACGGCAUCACGCCCUCGAGGCCCAGCGAGCGUCCCAGGAUGUCCAAGCGCCUGAAGACCGUUUCCAGGACCUACGGCGGAGUCCUGUGCCACGGCUGCCUGCGCGAGCGCAUCGUUCGCGCCUUCCUCAUCGAGGAGCAGAAGAUCGUCAAGGCGCUGAAGAGCCAGCGCGAGGCGCUGGUCAAGCCCGUCAAGAAGGUGGUGGAGAAGAAGCCGGCGAAGGCCAAGGCGGCCGCCAAGAAGCCAGUGGGCAAGUCCGCCGGCGGAAAGCCCGGAGCCAAGGUCGCCGGCAAGAAGCCCGCCCCCAAGGGAGUCGUCAAGUCCAAGAAGUAA